CACAAAGUCAUUACGAUGAAAUCGUAACACCAAAUCAUACACCAAACGUUUUAUUUUAAAUCCAGUUUUCGAACCGCUCUGCUUCUUCUUUACUCUCUGCGUGAUUAUCGUGUGAGAGAACAUUGAACUCACACUUCAACUCUUUAGCUUCUUCUUCGUUCGCUUUCUUCUCAUUCUUUAGCUUCUGUGUCUAAUUUUACAUAGCGAAAUUCCAGCCAGAGCCAAAUAAAAGGUUUUGGCAAUGAAUGGAUCAGCGGAAGCUGCUACACGGAUGAGACCAUUGCAGAUCAGUCCUGGUGAUUUAGAGGCUGCUCAUCUAGAUGAACUCAUAAGGGAAAUAGAACAGAGGAGUCUCUUUUACUACCAAGAGAAAAACAAGUCUUUGAGAGCUCGUUAUGUCUACGGGACCAUCUUCUUGAUUAUAAACUUAUGCGCUUGGUUUAUUCGUGACUACGCACAAAAGGCUCUGGCCUUGCUUCCAUAUGUCAGUAUUUGUGGACCAGAAGGAAGUCAUUGUUUCCAUACGCUUGGAGUACUUCGCGUGAGUCUAGGAUGUUUCAUAUUUUACUUUCUUAUGUUCCUCUCAACAUGGAACACAAUGAAACUCCACGAAGCUCAAAACAGUUGGCACUCGGAUAAUUGGAUCUUCAAGUUUUUUCUGCUGGUUUUAGCCAUGGUAGCUUCUUUCUUCAUACCUCAGCUUUACAUCCAAAUUUACGGGGAAAUCGCGCGAGUUGGUGCAGGGAUAUUUCUUGGUCUUCAACUUGUAAGUGUUAUCGAAUUCAUCACUUGGUGGAAUAACUAUUGGAUGCCUCAUGACCAAAGUAAGCAAAGCUGCUCUUUUGGUUUGGUCAUGUCAAUAGUUUUCUACAUCGGUUCUGUUUGCGGGAUCGCAGUGAUGUACUACUUUUAUGCAGCUUCGACUGCUUGUGGCCUCAAUAUAUUCUUUAUCUCAUGGACUGUUGUUCUUUUAAUCGUUAUGAUGGUUAUGUCCUUGCAUUCAAAGGUAAAGAAUAGAGGACUUUUGUCUUCUGGGAUUAUGGCUUCCUACAUUGUCUUCCUAUGUUGGUCUGCGAUCAGAAGCGAACCUUCACAUACAAAAUGCAAUGCGCAUACUCAAAACGGUCAUACUGAUUGGAUUACAAUACUGAGUUUCCUUAUAGCUAUAGGCGCCAUUGUGAUGGCAACAUUCUCAACCGGGAUCGAUUCAGAAUCCUUCAGGUUCGAGUUCCGUAAAGAUGAAGCGAAAGAAGAAGACGAUAUACCAUACAGCUAUGGAUUCUUCCACCUUGUGUUCUCCUUAGGAGCAAUGUACUUUGCUAUGUUGUUUAUCAGCUGGAACCUUUCACAUUCAGCUCAAAAAUGGAGCAUUGAUGUUGGUUGGACAAGCACAUGGGUGAAGAUAGUGAACGAGUGGUUUGGCGCAGCGAUUUACCUUUGGAAGUUGAUUGGUCCUAUUGUGAGACAGCCUAGAGUUCACGAACAACCUCAGCCAACAGCAGCAGAAGUGGACAGAUAGAUAGACAUUUGCUAGAAGUUUUGAAGUUAAUACAGAAUCAUUGAGGUCAUUCUUUAUAAAGUUGUUGUUAUCAAGUUCAUUCAUUUUUACCUUAAUUGUGAUUUCAUUAUGAACAUGAUCCAAUGUACAACAUUUGGUGAAGUCAGAGCAAAAGAAAAGAUUCUUGAAUUCUUCAACAA